AUGGCUGGACGCCCGAGCAUUGUCGGCGACCAGGCCGGCCCCGAAGCCCCGUAUCCGCUCCAGAUGGAGGGCAAGGUCAUCUCGGGCUUCGGCCGCGGGUCCAAAGAGCUUGGGAUCCCCACCGCCAACCUACCCGUUGACGCCGCCAUCACACCCUGGAUCUCCUCCACCGCCUCGGGAGUCUACUUUGGCUACGCCUCCCUGGACCUGGACGGGACGCCCGGCUCGCGCCUGAGCGUCUACCCCAUGGUCAUGUCCAUCGGGUACAACCCCUUCUACAAGAACAGGGUCCGCAGCGCCGAGGUGCACAUCCUCCACAAGUUCGCGGGGGACUUCUACGGCGCCCACAUGCGCCUGCUCAUCUUGGGUUUCAUCCGGGAGGAGAAGGACUACAAGAGCCUCGACGCCCUGAUCGAGGACAUCAACUUUGACUGCGAGGUCACGCGCAGUUCACUGGCCAGAGAAGCCUGGGCGCCCAAGAAGGGACUUGUCGUGGAUGGCCCUGAUGUUGAUGGUAAGCUCGAUGCCGAGUGGCUGGUUAAGCCUUUAUAG